AUGGGACCCCAGCAUUCAUAUCGUCAGCUGCUCUGUCUCCUAGGGGUCAUCUCCGCUGUGCUCCGGGCCAGAGCUCUCUUAUUCUUUGAAGCAACAUCUUCAUUCAUCAGAGCUGUUAACUUGCAUUACUGUAGGUGGUGUCUAAUGAGGCGUAUGGUGUGUAAACUGAAUGAGGGCCGUGAGGAGAUGCUGGUGCUCAUCUCCUCGGGGACCAAAAGGGGAAUUGUAGAUUAUAAAGGCUGCAGCCCAGUUUCACCAUACCCUCAGAAAGCCUCCUACAUCGUGGCACUCCCUGGAAUUUCCAAUGCUUCCUACAUCCGCAUCUGCCACAUAUAUCUCUGCAAUAAUCUCACCAACAUGGAUUCUUUUCUCAAACUCAAGGCUUGCAUCUCUACUAUAACCUGUUCUUCCCAGGUUUGUCCAACCUCUCUGGGUAGACACACUGGGGAAUUUCCAAGUUAUGUUUCUUCUAAGUCUUGCCCCUGUAAUGCUAUUAACUGUUACAGUUCCACCUUAAACUUUCAGGCAGGACCUUAGAACUCCACUUUCCUCCUCAUGGGCUGUGCUCAUAUUGAGCUGGACUAG